UUUACAUCGCUAACUUUAUUCAUUUUGAUGGAAUAUGUACAUAUUUAUGAUCAUAUAUCGUAGGUUUGUAAUCGUAAUUUUAAAAUUCUGAAGAAGAGUUUUCUCAAGAGAGAAAUGAUAACGCGCACGCAACACUGAAUAAGACGCAGUUAUAGAAAUUUAUUUGAAAAACGUGGAUGAUAUUUUUAACGCGGGUAUAUAUCAUAGUGAAGAGUGAAGUAUCGUCCGAGAAUAAAUUGCGAUGGUACUUAUCGCUAUUUAUAAUAAAAAAAUAAAUGAGCAUAAUAUGCACUCAUCGCCUACUCGGUUCAGUGUCAGUCAUACGGAUGCACAUGAAGUGUCCUCGUGAGUGUCUCUUAAGUGAAUUAAAGUUCAUGUAAGAUAAUUGUUCGUCGAAAUUCUGAACAAAACGUCCAAUUUGUCGAUAACUUUACAGAAAGGAUAUCUUUACAGAUAACUUACUGGGUACUACUAUUAACGAUGUAUCUAUAUAGUUAUAAGUAGUAAUCCAAAUUGCGCUAUUGCUAUCAUCAUGUCGUUUAUGUCAUCUUCAGUAGGGAUGUGCGCGCGAAGAAUAAAUAAACAGCUGUUAGCGCACAACACUUCGGUUAUUAAAGAAAUAGUUCGAAAUUUGGAGGUGCAUGAGCAUAUGGCAUACACUUUAUUAAAAGAAGCUGGCAUUCCUACUCCACCUUUUUGGGUGGCAAAGACGUCCAACGAAGCUGCCAGCCUGGCCAAGGAACUGAAGACAAAGGAUCUCGUGCUAAAAGCGCAAGUUCUGGCUGGAGGUAGAGCGAAGGGACAAUUUAAAGGUAGCAAUGUUAGCGGCGUCGUAAUGUGCGAUUCAGCCGAGCAAGUAAAGGAAUUAGCAGAUAGUAUGAUUGGCAAGGUGCUUGUGACUAAACAGACAGGUGCGGCUGGAAAGAUAUGCAAUUCGGUGAUGAUAACAACGCGUAUGUUUCCGCGUAAAGAGUAUUACAUGGCAGUGAUGUUGGAACGUACCUUCGAUGGGCCCGUAAUAAUUGUUUCCAAGCAAGGCGGAGUAAACAUCGAAGACGUCGCUGCUACGAACCCCGAAGCUGUAGCAUAUGUACCGAUCGAUGUAAGGAAAGGUUUAACACCCGAGCAGGCGAACAGCGUCGCCGAUAAACUGGGACUCACGGGGAACAGCAAAGAGAUCGCAUCGCUCGUCGCCUCCAAUCUCUACGAGUUGUUCGUCGAGAAGGACGCGCUGCUACUCGAAAUCAAUCCGUUUGCAGAAGACAUCUGUGGCGAAUAUUAUGCUUUGGAUUGCAAAUGCAAAUUUGACGACAGUGCCGAUUUCCGACAGAAGGAGCUGUUUGCGCUAAAGGACACGACCCAAAUGGAUCCGAAAGAGGUCGAGGCAGAGAAGUACAACUUGAAUUACAUAGCUCUUGACGGAAAUAUUGGCUGUAUGGUGAACGGAGCCGGACUGGCGAUGGCUACCAUGGAUAUUAUAAAACUGUACGGCGGUCUGCCGGCAAAUUUUUUGGACGUCGGCGGCACCGCUACAGUCGAGACAGUGACGGAAGGUGGAAGCUAUUUUGGUGAAUAUUUUUGGCGGCAUAAUGAGAUGUGAUAUAAUCGCUCAAGGUAUUAUAGACGCUACGAAACAGUUGAAUCUGAAUGUGCCUAUAAUCACGCGAUUACAGAAAAUGUCAAACCUGGGUGGGGGCCACGAGGGGCGAAGUCGGCGGAGCACACGUCUUCGUAUCUGGCAGCCCACCACACUCGCAGUGCCACAGUCCACGGCUGUCGCUCAGACGGGGCAAAGAUGGCUACCAUGUUGUCGCGGGCGAUCUCACUCGCGGAAAGUCUCAGUCGAUUGAGCGGUCCCAAGAUAUUAGCAUGCAAUACUAGCUUGGUUAAACAACCAGCUAGAAAUUUGAACGUUCAUGAACAUAUUAGCUACAGUUUACUCAAUGAGGCUGGGGUGCCGACACCUAAAUUCGGCGUUGCUAAAACUCCUGACGAAGCAGCUAAACUUGCUGCCGAUUUGAAAACGAAGGAUAUCGUCUUGAAGGCCCAAGUCCUCGCUGGUGGCAGAGGAAAAGGACACUUCAAGGGAACAAGUGUCAGCGGAGUGAAGAUGUGUGAAACUCCAGAAGAAGCCAAGUCGUUGGCGGGUCAAAUGCUCGGCAAACUACUAAUCACAAAACAGACUGGCGAAGGUGGCAGAAUAUGCAACGCCGUAAUGGUCACACAGCGCAUGUUUCCCCGUAAAGAGUACUACCUUGCUGUCAUGAUGGAAAGAGCCUUUGGUGGUCCUGUCAUAAUAGCUUCCAGUCAAGGUGGGGUGAACAUCGAGGAAGUCGCAGCAACAAAUCCUAGCGCUAUUAUGUACGAACCUAUUAAUAUCAAUACGGGAAUUACAAAGGAACAGGCGGAACGUAUAGUAGUUAAGCUUGGCCUCGAUAACGUAAAGGAUUAUAUUUCCAAUAUAAUUAUAAAUCUGUAUCAAAUGUUCCUCAAGAAAGAUGCUCUACUUUUGGAAGUAAAUCCUCUUGCUGAGGACAUUAACGGGAAUUAUUUUGCUUUGGACUGCAAAUGCCGGUUUGACGACAACGCCGAGUUCAGGCAAAAGGAACUCUUUAAUUUGAGAGACUGGACUCAAGAGGAUCCUAAGGAAGUCGAAGCUGCGAAAUUUGACUUAAAUUACAUUGCGCUCGACGGUAACAUAGGUUGUAUGGUAAACGGAGCUGGUUUAGCUAUGGCUACGAUGGACAUUAUAAAAUUACAUGGUGGUGAACCGGCUAAUUUCCUCGAUGUUGGCGGUGGUGCGUCGACUUCGGCGGUGAAGGAAGCAUUUAAGAUCAUCACUUCUGAUCCACGAGUUCAUGCUCUUUUAGUUAAUAUUUUCGGUGGUAUCAUGAGAUGCGACGUUAUAGCAGAGGGUAUUAUCGCCGCGACUAAGGAACUAAGUUUAAAAAUUCCUGUCGUUGUAAGAUUGCAGGGUACUAAUGUGGACGAAGCCAAAGCUCUGAUCGCGAAUGCGGGUUUAAAAAUUGUACCAAUCGACGAUCUCGACGAGGCUGCCCGGGUCGCGGUAAAAUUAUCGACCAUUGUUAAAUUAGCUCAGUCUGAAAAUCUCAGUGUGAAUUUCGAAAUACCUGCAAUUUCAUAGGUAGUAAAAAAAUUAUAAAUAUAUUAUUAAGAUUAUUUUUGCCGAGAAUAUGUAUUCAAUUGUUAAAAGAUUUC